UUUUGGGCUUCAUUCUGGUCAUGUUGAGGAUUACCUGUAUUUAGAAUGUUUGAGAUUUGGGUACUUACCAAUUCUAGGCUAUUUUCCCAAUACUUUUUGCCAAAUCUGUUUUGUUAGAUAAAACUUGUCUAAAAAUUUUGCAAGUAAACCUUAAAGUCAAGUCAGUGAAGGAUUUGAGACCAAGAGGAAAGCCUAGUUUGAAAUCUAAAAAUAUAAGUGGGUCAAUAACAGACCUCCUGUAGUUUUGAAGCUGCAUUCAGCUCUACACUUAGAUGCAGCUUUAAAGCACCCCCAAAUUCUAAUUGCAAACAGAAUAUUUCAAUUGUUAUUCGUAUGAUUUUUUUAAAAAAAAAAAUCUUAAGUGUUUUCCUUCAAGUCUGCUUUUUUCAUCACAACUGAAUAUUAACAUGGAAACAUAGAAAACUAAUGGUAGAAAAAGGCCCAGGAAUCCAUCAAGUCUACCCUUUGAGGGGUUUUUAUUUUGUAUUCUUUUUAAUUUAUUAUUUUAAUUGUAAAUUUAAAUUAAUAGAUUACCUCAAGCAUGUUUAAACUCAAGUGACUUUCUGACUGACCCACUACUUCCUCUGAAAGUUGAUUCUAAGCUUCCAUUACUUUUUCUGUGAAAUGCUACUUUUGAGUAUUGAUCUAUUGGUUGAGGCAGAGGAAUUGAUCGAGUGAAUUGUCGCUGAAGCCGGACGUCAUGAGUUGAGAGAGAGUGAUUGGCCCAAAGUCACCCAGUGAGCUUUCCUAACCAAGACAGGACUAGAAUUCAGUGUCCUGGUUCUAGCCUGAUGUUUUAACCAUUGGAUCAACGGGCUCUCAUUUAUUUGAUUUAUAUCUUAUUUUUAAUUGGGAGAUUAAAGUUAGAUAAGUAAUACCCUCUCCUUAUUUUUUUUUCAUAAAAACGCUUCGUGAAGCAGACUUGAUGACAUAUUGUUGUUGGCCCAAGGUCAACCAAUGAGUUCACGGCUGAGUUUGAGCGUGUGUGUGUGUGUGUGUGUGUACAGACAAACAACACAAAUCUAUUUCUCUCUAAAAGGGGAACCUAUGAAAUGCAUGGAGAAAUGGGCUCACUGCACUUAUUUUUUUCUUUCUCUCUGCACCCAUUUUUUUCAAUGCACAACCUCUUUCUAUUAUUCAAAUACAGGUAAUCCUUGACCUAUGAACACAAUUGAGCUCAACAUUUCUGCUGCCCAGCAAGGCAAUUAAUAGCAAAAAACCGUAGACUUUAUUUACUGCUUCAUAGUACUUUACAGCCCUCUCUAAGCAGUUUACAGAAUCAGCCUAUUGCCCCCAAGAAUCUACUUCCUCAUUUGACCAAUCUCAGAUGGAAGGCUGAGUCAACCUUGAACUGAUGCAGCUCUGAUAAAUGAUCAAGCUGUCCACUAGUCAAUUGGUGGCGCAAUGGUCCCCCUGUGUUGUUGCUGCCCACCGGCAUCUACACAAGUCGUGGUGGCCAUGACAGGCCCUGCCGUCCCUUCCUACCAUUUCAAGAGUUUCUGUGGAGAGUUUGAGCGGGUGGAAAGUGCCUUGGAACGCUUGGAGGCCAGUGGCUUCUACUGGGGCAGCCUGUCAGGAGCUGAAGCCAAGAGGCUCUUGACCUCCCAGCCUCCUGGGGUCUUCUUGGUGAGAGAUUCCUCCGACCAUCAUCACCUCUUCACCUUGAGUGUCCGCACCAGGACAGGCAUCACCAACCUGCGUAUUCAGCAGCAGGACUCAGCUUUCCACCUGGAGGCCUUGCCAGGAGCUGGCCACCCCCCAGCCUUCAGUUGCGUGGUCCAGUUAGUUGAGUAUUAUCUCUGCUUGGGGGCUGUGGAAGGGGGUCCCUGCUAUUUGGAGAGCGAGGGUCAGCCUCCGGUGCCUCUGGCCCUCUCACAGCCGCUUCGUUGCAAGGUGCCCACUUUGCAGGAGCUGUGUCAGCGGGCUGUACGAGGCAGCGUGCGGGGCAGAGGUGACACCAGAGCUCAGCUGCAGAGGCUGCCAGUCCCCAGGCAUUGUUGAACUCAAUCUGCAGCUAAAGGGAAAGCACCAGUUUUCAGACCUUUUAAUGAAUGCAGAUUUGGGGCCUUCCUUGUUAGAAUGGAUGAGCAGAGCUGGUUAUAGAUAGCGUACUGCUGAUGCACCACUAUUUUCUUGGAAUAAACCAACCAUUUCAUUGUGGAGCUAUUUAUAAUGAGCCUCCAGAAGCUACUGAAAAUUAUCUGAAAAAAGGGAUUGGCAGAGUAGGUUAGUCAACGAUAUAGAGAUGCAUAUCCUAUGUAAUCCCCUUCCCCAUUUUUGCAAGCUAGCCACUUCCACAUUCAAAUGCUUCUUGUGCACAGGUAGUAUAGCGGAAAAUUCUCUCUAUCCAUAGCAGAGCUGCUCUAAGCACCUCCCAGCUGUUCUCAUUUUUAGUUGAAAGUUGAAAGGUGCACAAGUUUGUGUGAGUCUUGUGACAAAUAUAUCUGCUAACUGUACAAGGGACACUUGUAAAGUCUGCAGCAGCACUGCCCAGUAGUGAAGGACAGAAUUAGUGUUUAGCUGCAACUAUUGUGCAUCUUUCUCUACAAACUCUCAGGCGGACAAGAAGAUUGUACACCCAAUAACAAGGAUGCUUGAAUUGGCAACCUUCUCUGGUUUCUUUCUUUAGAAUAUAGAUAACCCCAAGGCCAGCCUGAAGGCAGAUUUUGAGCAAUAAGCCACUCUGUACCAAAUCCACAGCAGUCCUAUCCUCCAUUUCCACUUUGACCCUAUGUGAUCCUGACCUCUCUCCUCCCCCCACUUCCAGUCACUGCCUUUAGUAAGGGUCAUUACUGUAACUUGACAGCUUUUAAGAAUGCUGACUCAGAACCAGUUACAAGAAGGAAAAAAGUUCAGUGACUUGAGUGUUUUUAUAGGCAGCCAGCAGAUAUACCACUCAAGGGUGAGGGAAGAUACCAGUCUCUGAAGAACAGACUUCAUAGUAAAGGAACAGAAGAAAAACAAAAUUCCAAACCUUGCAGUACAAAGAUGAGAAAAUGUGAUUGCAGAUGGCAAUUUUGUGCACUUUGUGCAAAACUUUCACUAAGGUAGCAGUUAAAUCAUACUCCACUCUUAAGAACUAUUCAAUUUUUAAUCCUAAAUUUAAUGUUUUUAAGCAACCUAAAAACUCCUUCUCUCAAAUAAACCUUGAUCUUCUGCAAACUGA